CUAGCCGCGCCAGUCAGUUCAGUCCCCGUCGCUGCGAUGUCGGUGGCGCACGCCACGCCGCACGCUCCCCUACUUUACUUUACGUUACGAGGAUCGCGCCGAUUCUUUCCAAACUAAUAAAUCACGCGAAGCGAAGUAAACCCUCACGAACAGAUUAUAACUCGAUAUGAGAUAACAAGCUUGCGGUCAGUGAUUAAUUGUUGGGAGUCAGUCCGAAUGAUUGGAACGGAAGCGUAAUCUCCGAGUUUUGGAUUAGUUGCGUGUAAUGUAAACAGAGGAACAUUCGAAGUUUUCGUGUAUUGUUUGUUGACAUUAGCGGUGGAUGCAUGGCGGUAUGAUGGGCAGGCGGGCGCGGGCGUAGCUGGUGCUGCAGACAUGCGGGCGGCGGCGCUGCUGGUGCUGGCGGGCGCGCUGGUGGUGGCGCGGGCUGACUCCUGGACCACCUACCAGGAGCAGCCGUGCUGCCGGCCCGUCUCGCACCACCGGGUCCGGCACCACAGAGAUCACAUCCGCGAGUUUACAUGCGGCAAUCUCUUCUACCGCACUCUGUACGUGAAUGAAGAGAGGAAUACGCUUUACGUCGGUGCUAUGGAUCGAGUAUUCAAACUGAACAUGUCGGAUAUAAGUCAAUCGCAUUGUGAGAGAGAUGCCCUCCUACUAGAAGCAAGCAACGUGGCGCGAUGUGUAAGCAAGGGCAAGUCGGAGCCCUUCGAGUGCAGGAACCAUGUCCGGGUACUGCAACCCCUGGGCGACGGGGACAGGCUCUAUGUCUGUGGAACCAACGCGCACAGCCCUAAGGAUUGGGUCGUCUAUUUAAACCUCACACAUCUCCCUCGGCACGAGUACGUACCAGGAGUUGGUUUGGGAGUGGCUAAGUGUCCUUAUGAUCCUGCGGACAACAGCACAGCUGUCUGGGUGAACAAAGGCAACCCUGGAAACCUACCAGCACUGUAUGCAGGGACCAACGCUGAAUUCACAAAAGCGGAUCCCGUCAUAUUCCGCAACGAUCUCUUCGAUCUCAGAACGGGUCAGAAGAAGUUUAACUUUAAAAGGACGUUGAAAUAUGACUCUAAGUGGCUGGAUAAAACCAACUUUGUCGGCUCGUUCGAUGUGGGGGAGUAUGUGUUGUUCUUCUUCCGGGAGACGGCGGUAGAGUUUAUGAACUGCGGCAAGGCUGUGUAUUCGCGAGUGGCCAGGGUAUGCAAGCAGGACACGGGAGGCAAACACAUACUUAGCCAAAACUGGGCCACGUACCUGAAAGCUAGACUGAACUGCAGCAUACCUGGGGAGUUCCCCUUCUAUUUUGAUGAAAUACAGAGUGUGUACCAAAUGCCGGACGACCCCAGCCGGUUCUAUGCGGCCUUCACGACCGGCGCAAGCGACGGUCUAGUGGGCUCCGCUAUAUGCACUUACACUAUGGAGGACAUUCAGGAAGCAUUCGCAGGCCGGUUCAAGGAACAGGCGACGUCGAGUUCAGCAUGGCUGCCGGUGCUGCGGGCGCGGGUCCCGGAGCCGCGGCCCGGCACUUGCGUCAACAACACCGAGGCCCUGCCUGACAACGUGCUCAACUUUAUCAGGUCACACCCACUGAUGGACUCGGCAGUGCGUCACGAGGGGGACACUCCAGCGUUCUACAAGCGGGACUUGGUGCUCACUACGCUAGUGGUGGACAAACAGUUCGUCGACAUGCUGGGCGAUGACAUCACCUACACCGUGUUCUACGCUGGCACAAGUGAAGGUGAAGUGUAUAAGAUAGUGCAAUGGGCCGGAGGCGGUUCAAGAGUAGCAGACGUUUGGAGAGCUUCUGGAGACGAGCCAGUCCGGGCUCUAGCACUUUCUAGAAGAGUCCACUCGUUAUAUCUUGCCACUGAUUAUAGACUACGUCAGUUGCCACUCAGAGCUUGCACGCAUCGUUACGACAGCUGUGUGCGUUGUGUCCUGGACCCCUACUGUGGCUGGGACAAGGAAGUGGGAGCUUGCCGUCCAUACACCCCUGGUCUCCUCCACGACGCCACAAACUCCACUCCCUCGAUAUGCGAGGCCAGUGCCCCUCAGAGGACAGUCAGAGCUGGCUACGGGCAAAGCGUCCACCUCGCCGCUUUCGGAAAGACCCCGGAGGCCUUAAAAGACCAGCAAGUAACUUGGUACCACCAUUCAAGGGAGAAGGGGCGGUAUAAAAUUAAUUUCAACUGGGAGCGGGUUCUAGAAACUUCGGAGCGAGGUCUGGUGCUGCUGUCAGUAACGGAGUCAGACCGUGGACGGUACGAAUGUUACUUCGGACCCACGCUGCUUGCUUCCUAUAACUUGGACAUCGAUGUUCACAGAUGCACUCAGCCAAGCAAGUCGCAGGAGUACAAACAAGUGUACUCGGACUGGUGCCACGAGUUCGAGAAGUACAAGAGCGCCAUGAAAGCUUGGGAGUCCAGACAAAUGCAAUGCUCCAAAAGCCUGAACGCAUCGAGCCAGCAGAACAGUAUGGCGAACGAGAUCGUCGCGUCGCUGCGGUGAUAGGGCACAGCUAGUGAUUAAUGGACGAUUACACACCGCCUCUAACAUAAACUAUCCGAUAUUUCGCCGACAGACCCACUGCCGCUACCAAUUGCCAUCUUGCGAGUUCUUCGCGAGAAACUAAACAAGGAUGAGAAACUCGAAUCAUGUGAGUACGGCGUGAUAACUUUUCCACUACGCAAGCCUAACAAAGUGAAAAGUAUUUCCAUCAGCGACAAAAGCUCGUGCUACCCGUGAGAUGGCCACCCGUAGUAGGGGCACGGCUGCCGAAAGGGGAAUGAUAAUGUAGUAAGGGGAUGAUCUGUUAAAAUAGAUUUGUUGGUCG